AUGCGACGAGCUCCCAAGUACCUCUACUCGGCGCUCGCAGCCUUCAUCAUCGCGAAGGCCACUAACGACUGCGGGUUCUUGGGCAUCCCCAACCAGGGCCCCUGUCCACCGAAGAGCAACCCGAGGCAGGGUCGAGACCACGAUCCAGCUCGAGAGACGGCGUGCGUUCACGAGUUCACGGGCCACGGCGGCAACGGUCGAGCGUUUUGGGUGCAGUGCUGCGGCUGCAAGAUGCACCUCGAGUGCUACCCACAGUCAGCCCCAGGGAUGAUGAAGGUCAUCAACAUGCUCAACGACUUCAAGGACGAGGAGGCGAGGAUCAAGGGAUGGAAGCCCAGAACGGCCAAGACCAGCAGCAAGAAGAAGGAGGAGACCGAGACGGGACCAACAGCGACCAGCAGGACGGCAUCGACAAGCCCGAGGACCUCUUCCAGAACCAAGCCAAGGCACCAGGACAACCGGUGUCAGAAGGACGAGCUGGAGGAGGAGACAGAGGACUGGGAGCAGCUGGACGACUCCCCACGGAGCAAGGCCUUGACAGCGCUGCGCGAGCUACUUCAGGACGAGAACGCCAACGCGACGACCAAUCAGCUGCGAUUGCUAGAGAAGCUCAGCGACAAGCAGAACAGCGUGAUAAACAAGUCCAUCAAUCAGACCAGCGACUUCGAGGACCUGACUCAGGCAGUGGAGGCCGCGAUCCCCGAGAGCAGCGCCUUCGUGAAUCAGGUCGCCCUCAACUUCGAGCCCGAGCUGGACCACCCCAAGGGGGGCGAUCGGGCAGAAGGGGGCGCGACCAACAAGGAGAUCCCUCCGAAGGACAUCUACAACACUAAGUUGAGGGAGAAGAUCGGCAAGGAGAUGCUGACGUUCAUCUCAGACGUGGCGAUCAAGCAGGCCGUCAACGGCAGGUACUGCUAUUACGAGCAGGACAUGAACUCCAGGGACUGGGAGGAUCCCCUCAUCAAGAAGCUCAAACGUCUACCCGACAUCGGCGAGGACAGAGCGCUUCGGAAGGGCCGCAAGUACUUCUCCAAUCUACCCAAGGAGGCCAUCGAGUACGCCAAGUUGUUGAGCCAGGAGUUCGUGAAUCGACCACCUCACACCGCCCUCGGGGACAUUGACGACUCCCUACAGGAGCUGGUUGGGGUGCUGGUUCGGACGAUCAUCAAGAUGAAGACCACGAAGGAGCUCGGGAAGCAGAUCGAGGACAACACGGGCCCUCACGUCAAGCAGCAGGUUCAGAAGAUCCAUGAGAACAUGGGCCACUGCAGCAACGAGAACCUCGUCGUGGUGCUGAAGUACGGCAAGGCCAGACAGGCCUUCGUUGAGGCGGCGCAGAAGCUCGAGCGCCCGAGCUGCGAGGCGAACAAGAGGUCGAAGCUCGCGAAGCCCUCCAAAGCCCCGACUACCUACCAGUUCAACGAUGUCAUCGGCAUGGACAUCUUCUUCGUGCUGGAACCCGAGAACACCACCAAGGUGCCCAUGCUGAACAUAGUAUGUCACGGUACUGGACAUCAAGUGGUGAUACCUCUACCGAGUCGACAUGGCCCACAUAUACGACGUCAUUACCGCGCAUUCUGGAAGCGUGUUUACGGGGUGCCCCGCAUGAUAGUCAUUGAUGGCGAGAAAGGUUUCUCUGCAGGUGAGUUUCCAGAAGCUGCUGAAGGAGAUGGUUCCGAGAUCAAGGUGACGAGUGCUACUUCGCCAUGGCAGGCGGGCAAGACCGAACGCGCUGGAGGCACCUGGAAGGAGACCUUCUACCGAACCAGGCAGAAGUUCAACACCAACAACUGGGAGGACUUCUACGAGCUCGUGGAUGCGGUCAACGUGGUGAUGGGCGAGAGCGUUCGCAGAGGAGGUUUUACACCGUAUCAGAGAAUUUUCGGACGACCAUUUCGACUUCCUGAGAAGAUCUUAGAAGAAGGAUCACCAAGUUGGUCAACGGUCUCCAGAGCGAUGAACGGUGACACCGAGUUGGCCAGGAGCAUCGACAUGCGCAAGGCCGCCAUGGCUGCCUACAUCGAGGCCGAGUGCUCAGAAAAGUGGAGACGGGCGCUUCAGAGGAGGACGAGACCUACUAGAGGCACCACUUUUCAGCCAGGAGAUCGAUGUUAUUUCUGGCGAAGCAGUACUGACAAGCUGCCAACUCGUUCUUGGCAUGGACCUGCACGCGUCAUUCAGGUGGGGCUUCCGAGUACAGUGUGGUGCUCAUAUCAGGGAGUACUCAAGUGUUCACCUGAACAGCUUCGACAUGCUAACGAGGCCGAGGUCGCAGCCUGGGAGCAGAUCGACAACACCAUGAAGGAGGAGUUGAACACCGAGAACAGAGGACGUCGUACACACGAAGACCUCACUCGACAAGAUCAGCCACCAGACGAUCUUGAAGUGCCCCACGUUGCUCCACCAGAGCCAGCCGCGGAUGAUCAAGGAGCAGCCUCACAGCCGCCCACCACAGAGAUCGAGAAGGCCGCGGAUGUCAACCCAGAGCUGAUUCCCAUGGCCACCAAGAACUACGAUCAUCUAGACGACGUGCCGUUGACGAUCAAGCAGAACAUCAACAAUCCGAUCUCAGCCAUACCAGUCAGCGAGCGGAUUGCCGUCACCGAAGCAAAGAUCAACAAGGAGGCGGAAGCACCACCCAAGAAGAAGGUUAAGAAAGUGAAGGCACCAGUCGUCAGCUCAGCCAUGCUCACCAACACCAAUCAACGACUUCGUAAGGAGAUUACUGAGAAGUCACUUCUGAUCACCUACAAGUACCAGCCCUACAUCGCCGCUAAGCGUAGAGAGUGGGGCAACAUCACGAAUGCCCAAGCAAUUCGACUACUUCCACCUGCUGAAGCCGAUAAAGUACGUCAAGAUCCCGAUCGGGCUUCCAGGAUCAUGGGUUCCCGCUGGGUGCUCACCGACAUGGGCGCCAAUCCUGAGGAGGUCGACGCUAGCAAGCGGCAGUUGAUGUUCAUGAGCGGCGGCAUUUGGAGGAUGGCAAAGGCUAGCUGGACCGUUCAAGGACACACCGACCCCGACCUGCUCGACCUCGAGACCUACAGCCCAGUCGUCGGCAAGGACUCCGUGUUCCUGAUUUUGCAGAUCCUGUGCUCUAACAAGUGGACCUUGCAGCUAGCAGACAUCACUUCGGCUUUUACCGCUGGAGAUCCACUCGAUCGAUCUCAAGGCAGUCUUUAUGUGGAGCUUCCUCGCACCGGGAUUCCUGAUGUGGAGGACGGUUCGCUGGUGGAGUUACUCAAGGCAAUGUAUGGUCUAGGCGAUGCUCCAUUACAAUGGCUAUCAGCUUUUACCAAGUACGCCAAGGAGAUCGGUUUCCAGUGCUCCAUCUUCGACAGCUGCGUCUUCUACCUGAGAGACGAGAAGGGACUUCACGGCAUCAUGGGCCUCACUGUGGACGACAUCGUGGGAGGUGGAGACGUUCUAUUCGACGCUGCCUGUCAGAAGCUACGAGAAAGGUUUCCUUUCAGAGCGUGGCGUCACAACAGCGGGAAGUACACCGGUAAGGAGCUACAGCAGAACGAGGACAACACCGAGAUCACGAUAUCACCAAGUUUCAGUUCGAGUAGCAUCCAGCUAAUCAAUAUAGCCACUGAACGCCGUAAAGAGCCUCAUUCUGCAGUCACACCUGAAGGACUCCACCAAGCACGUCGUUUGUGCGGGUCAAUUUCGUUUCUGGCCCGUGAAAGCAGGCCCGAUCUAUCUGGUCCAGUGUCCCUACUUCAAGGAAAGAUGCCCAACCUGGUGGUGGACGACUUGCUGGAGGCGAACCGCAUCGGCAGGAUGACUAAAGAAUUCAGCUCGGUGAUUCUCAGGAUCAGGCGCAUUCCAUUUCAUGAGAUGGCCUUUGCAGUUUUCAAUGACGCGGCCUGGGCAAAUGCCAGAGAUGGAGCUUCGCAGGCUGGAUGCAUCGUGUUCGCCACACAGCGCAAGAUUCUCAAAGGGGAGCCCGCCAUCAUCUCGAUCCAGUCCUGGAAGAGUCACAAACUUAAGAGGAAGUGUGCUCACCAGUUCGGUGCCGAGACGCUGGCGAUUUCAGAAGGAAUGGCCAUGGGGGAGCUCAUGCGCACCAUGUUGCUCGAGAUUACGGACAGCGAGUUCGACCUGAUGCGGCCCUACAUGCUAGCAUCCAAGUUUCCAGUGAUCAGCGUCACCGAUUCCAGACGCGGCUACGAUCACGACAAGCGCGCCGCCAUCGACGUAGCUAUCGUUCGAGCAGCCAUGCAACGACCAGAAGUUCACCUACGGUGGAUCGAGGGCACCAGCCAACUCACCGAUCCACUCACCAAGCGUAAGGGCGAGAGCGCCCUACUACGACAAGCACUACAUGACGGGGAAUACGGCAUCACCGCAGACAGCAUCGUGCUUCGCCGACGAUACGAGGACAGAGUUCGACGCCACAAAAAGGAGCCAGUCAAUUUCGCCGUGACCGACUGCUGCUUCUCUGGACUCCACUUCUACGAGAUGGACUGUCUUGGCACUUCAGGAGUCACCAGCAACGUGGACGACCUCAACUACGAGCCCGAAGCCUACAAGCGCCUCAGGGAGACCCAGCAGAUCUUCAGAGAGAGGCCUGAGGCUAGUCGCUUGAACCAGGCGAGAAUGAGCGGACCAGGUUUCGCAACGUUCAGGGGAAUUUCCAACCCUGGCGACGACGCGGGCAAGGUCGACGAGAGAUUCCUCUUUUGGGUACGUGAUGCUCUCGCCCAGGACGUCAAGCAGAUGGCCAUGGAUGCCGUUCGAGAUGUGGCUAUUGAAGCUGCCAUUGCAGCUGCCUCCAAGCAGUUUGCUCAGGUGAACGUCGCCGCAGCCCUGCGCCUUCUCCAAGCAGGACGAGGCCUAGCAGGCGCAUUUUGCCGCGCAGGCCGCGCAGGUUCCACUGUCUCUUCGAGCAUCUCGCGUAUGGAGCAGGACCGCGAACUCAUCAAGCAGCAGGUGCAGGACCUGUCCAAGCGCAUGGGCAUCGCGGAGCAGCCUGCGACCGUCACCAAUUUGCAGAUACAGGCGGCCUUACGCCAACUACCGCCGACCGAGUGCCACCCCACCAUCAGGCUCAAUACCGAGGACUUCGUUCCGCAAGCCGAAGGCCACGUUCUCGUCAUCAGGCUUUCCAAGGCCGCCAAAGUUGCCGAGAGUCGUGUUUCAACUAUGGGAAGUGCCGUGGAUGAGAACUUCACCGUCCGCCUCGACGGCAUGCCUGCUGCCGCCGCCAUGGCAGUCCAAGGUAUCUUCGGCCAGUGCCGGGACAACCUUGGAAGAUCGAAGACCGUUUUCAUCGACAACCCGCGCGGCAAGGUCAAGUUAGUUGUUUGCUCGGCAAAGGGAGCCCGCCCAGCAGUUGGCAUUCCCGUUUUCAAGAUGUUCUAUGGAAUGUUCAGGCGCACGCAGAAAGUCAAUUUGUUCGCCAGCCACGCGAAGGUUUGGGUUGGAUCGGCCGAGUGGGUCCACGUGUCUCCCGUCCCUAGUCGUGUCCUGGCUUCAGCCGCCCAAUUCAAUGACAUGGAAGUCCGCUUCUUCAGCAUCCACAAUUUCGGUAUCACGAACGCCCGGUCCACAGCAAUUCCCGACAGCAUGGCCACUGACUGGGAGCGGACGGGCGAGCGACCCGAGCAUCGUGCUCCACUCUUGUCUAGCGACCAGAACAUCGGACCGCCAGGCACGGACCAUCUCAUCGAAUUCCAUUCGCCGCAUUCUACGCGCUACCGUAUGGCCUCCAUCUCGCUCUACAGCGUGAACCACAUCUACCUGGCCUUUCUCGCCUUUGGCAUGACCAACGCGAUCGUCGAGCCACCUGCCCAUUGCGCCCGUUGGUUGGAGUGGUCCAGGCAGGAGAUAUCUGACCACGCCCCAUACAUUAAUCACCUCCGUUCCCCUGAUUUUGCCCCUGCCCGGCAGCUUCGCACCGUGGGACGGCGCGACGCCGGCAAGGAGAAGCAAUAUUGGCAGCGUCGCUACUUUGCGCAGUGGCCUGGCAAGCCUUGA